AUGUCUAGCUUUGACGCCUGUGCCGAUGAGGUGUGGUUCGACAGGUACACUCGCCACCAUGACAAGGCUUCCACAUAUAGUCCAGGCAUACAGCGAAACAUGGCACAGGUGCUUCCUAUGGGCUUCGGGAUGCACUUCCCCAGUGCCUCAGACAGCGCGCAUGCGUCGCACAAUGAGAGCAUCGAGGUCGUGCAGUUCAAGACCGUUGAGGCAGGCUCUGGGGGGCUUGAAGGCGUACUCGGACUUGCUGGACUGGGCCACCACACUAUACGUGCCCGAUCUCACUUGUCACGUGAAGCAAUUUCAACCACAUGA